AUGGAAAAGAUGAUCAAGAAUCAAGAGCAAACCGACAAAGAGAGGCGACAAAUGAAUCAAGUGGUGGCUUCUGAUACCACUUCAAUCAAACAAAUUGAGACUCAAUUGGGUCAAAUGUCUUCUCAAUUGAAUGUGAGACCACAAGGAUCAUUGCCUAGCGACACAAUUCCAAAUCCAAAGGGAGAUGAGGGUAUAAAGCGAAUGUUUGCCAUUUUAACAAGGCGGAGCAAAAUUCUAAAGAAGAAAUCCAUUGUAGUUGAGGAUGACGAUAAUGAAGAGGAAUUACCUCUCAAAUAUGCUUUUCCUAAGGUCAAGAGUCCCAAAGUUCCUAAGGUGGCUCAUCCCAAGGUUGAUGAUCCUCCUAAAGUUGAUGAAGUUCCUAAGCAAGAUGUACCUCUCGUGGUCAAUAAGACACCCAAGGCGGUUGAAGUUCCCAAGGAAGUCCCUUCAAAGGAGAAAGAACCAAUAAAUGAGGCAAGCAAGGAGGCACCUAAAUUGUACAAGCAAUUAUGGAGACCGCCUCCUCUGUUUUCACAAAGAUUUGCAAAGCAACAACAAGAAGGCCAAUUGCAAAAGUUCUAUGGUAUGUUGAAUCAAAUCACCAUCAAUGUGCCUUUUGUGAAAGCUCUUGAAAAUAUGUCGGGUUAUGCUAAAUUCAUGAAGGACUUGGUCACUAAGAAGAAGAAUGCUAAUUUUGAGACCAUCAAGGUCACCCAUCAAUGUUUUGCAAUUAUCUCACAAACCGAGAUUAAAAAGAUAGAAGACUCGGGGUUUUUUACUAUUCUUUGUGCUAUAAGAUUGACAAGCUUCACAAAAGUUUUGUGUGAUUUGGGGGCUAGUAUCAAUUUGAUGCUCUAUGCCAUAUUCAAGAAGUUAGGUUUGGGGGAUCCUAGACCUACCACAAUGAAGUUGUUAAUGACAUAUCGGACGUUGAAGAAACCAUUGGGUGCCAUCGAUGAUAUCCUUAUCAAAGUGGAUCGAUUCUAUUUUCCCGCCGACUUUGUAAUAUUGGAUUGUGAAAUGGAUGUAGAAAUUCUAAUCAUCCUUGGCAGGCCUUUCUUGGCUACCGGGCAAAGCUAUUUGUGA